GCGCCGCCCAGUUCGCAGGGUACGCCCAGUUCUAUGCAUCUAGCACACCUGCACGACCCCCUCCGGUGCGUCCACCGUUUGCUCCACAGCAAGCACAGCAGUACUCGUUCCAGCGUCCGCAACAGGCGUACCAGUAUGUGCCUGCUCAACCGCAGGUGCCUCCUCCACGGCCACCGCACUUGGCGGGCCCUCCACCGCCUCGGCCGAUACCAGCUGCUGCGCUCAACAAUAGCCGAUGGAAUACGAUUCCAUCUGCAGCAGCAACAGCAGCUCCCAGUACUAGUUCAGUAGCGUCUAAUUCCUCCCCAGCUGCUCAGUGGCAAUGGAACACAGGAAAGGCCAUGCCAACUCCACGGCCGCAAGCAUUUAAAUUUGAACCUUCUGUGACCAUCGCCAGCGCCCCUCCUCGGCCAUACAAGCCAUCCAAAUUCCAAGACAACCCCCCUCCUACAGUCGUAAGUAAGCCUCCACCUCCCCCAGCCACCGCCGCUCCCGCCACCCAAGGAGCAACCCAAUGGCCUGCCUCUCUCAAGUCGUACGUUGAACGAGCGUUCGCAAAAUGCCGCACUGACGCCGACAAGGCCAUGGUUCAGUCGAUUCUCAAGGAGAAAAUUACUGCCGCGACAACAGCCAACAAACUAUGGACAAAGAAUUGGGACGCGGAAGCAUUGCCGUUGCAGCAUGGCGCGCCGCCAGCCGUCCCCUCUGCGUUACCAAUACAGCCGCCCCCUCGUCCAGCCCCGCCAAUGCGCCCCCCUCCAUUGCGUCCUCCAAUGCUCUCCGGUGGCAUGGUCCCACCCCGUCCGCCCAUGACGGCCAUGCAUCCUCCGCCAUCGCUAGGCAAACCCUCUCCAUUUACCGAUAGCUUCAUCCCGUUAGACCAGUCCAAGGGGCCUCUUCACCACAAAAAGGCCACGAAGCGAAAACACAAUGCGGACUCUGGCUUUGACGACGGCGACCACAAAAAGUUGCAGCGCCAGCAACGCUUUCUCAAAGACAGCUUCCACGCGAAUGCGCAUCGAACGCCUGACACGCCGUCCGGCCCGCUGCAAGUAUUGAACGACGAAGGCGAAUUGGAUUACGACGCCAUGAUCAUUCGGGGCACGUGCCAAAAAGUUGAAAAAGACUACUUGCGGCUGACAUCCGCGCCCCACCCGUCGGCCGUACGGCCCGAACCCAUUCUCAAGAAAGCGCUGGACCUGGUUCGACACAAGUGGAAGGAAGGUACGUGUGAUUACUUGUAUGUCGUGAGCCAAAUGAAGUCGAUUCGCCAAGACUGCACGGUGCAGCACAUCAAGAACGACUUUACCGUGCUGGUGUACGAGACCCACGCCCGCGUGGCGCUGGAAGAAGGGGACAUGAAUGAGUUCAAUCAGUGCCAAACCCAACUCGCGCAGCUGUACGAGCACGGCAUCGACGGCAACCGCGCCGAGUUUUUGGCGUAUCGGAUUCUGUAUUCUAUUUAUGUGUGCCUCCAAGCAAAAUCCGACAACUCGGGCAACGUUGGCAUGUACCGCGCGUUGUCGCUCGUGCGCCCGACCGAUCGCCAAGACGCGGUCGUGCGCCACGCCCUCGCGGUGCGGGAGGCUGUCUUUGCUAGCGACUACCAAACGUUUUUCAAGCUGUACCACACCCCGCCCAAAAUGAGCGGGUACCUCAUGGACGCGUACGCCAAUCACAUGCGGCUGCAGGCGCUCAAAAUUAUGUGCAAAGCGUACCAGCCAUCCGUGCCGAUGGCGUUCAUUAAGUCGCAGUUGCAACUGGAAGGGAAGGAAGGCAAGGCAUUUGUCAAGGAGUGUGGGCUUGUGUUGGUCCAGGGCUUGGCCAAAGCCGACGCGGCCAUGGACUGCAAAGCGUCUGCAAUCGUCAGCGUCCUCAAAAGCAGUGCCAAGUCGCUCCUCUAGUGCGUCGGCGGCGGCGGCUACAAGGAAGCACUCGUUGUACUUGUGUCCAGAGCGAUUGCUUGGUUGGUCAGUAGCAUAUAUAGAGACAAUCGGUCCAACUCAUAAAUGAACGUUAUGUUUCGCGUCGCA